GAUCAUAAUGGUUGAUCGGUUCGUCCCGACUAGACACGACGACAGCAACAAGACAUUGAUUUAGAUUCACAAACUGGCCAAUGGUAAGAGACAUGUGUUGACAACAUCCAUUUAUCGAUAACGCUAGAAAUGAAUCAUUCAAUCGCUAUAACAACUAACCACCGGCAACAAAGUCAAAGAUCCAUAUACUUUCCAACCUUGUUGGUCGCUAGAUGGACAACUAUGCAACAUUAUGCGACUAUUCUUUGUGCUUUAGCUUUGAUGGUUUCGCUUAAUCUGUCACUGUUAAUUUGGUUAUUAAGUCAAUUGAAUUUUGCAAUCGAAAACGAUAGUCAUUUAUCCAGUAAAGCAUCCAAUGAUCAUUUGCAUCUUAUCGGUAGCGUCAAAAUAAAUGGUCAAUUAGCCGUACAAAAUCUGGCCUCUCCCAAGGAUUUAUCUGAAUUGCGUAUUCAAACUGAUGAUUUAGUUUUGCGUCCUCAUCAUUGGUCAUCGUCGAUAGUUUCAUUUAUGCAGCUAAAUGCCGAUUCAAUGCAAGCCAACGUCGGUGAUAUGAUAGCUGUUCGAUCCAGUCAUAACGAUCGUUUAUUGCUACUCAUCGAUCGUCAAACACCGGAUUCAUCUAAACUGUUUGUCGAUCAAGUUGUUAUUAGGUCGACACCAACUUUACAAAAUCGAGCCCUUUCGUUUAAAAAUGGCUCAGCUCAAGUAUUGCAGCUACAAUCAGUUGAUCAUUCGACCAUGUCAAGUUUGACGCUUACUUCUUAUACAAACCGAAUUCGUUUACGUGGAACACGUCAUCUUAGAAUAAACUCUUCGAAACAAUCAAUCCAGAUAGAUAGUCGUAAGCAAGCCCUUUCUUUACACAGUGGACAUGGUCGUAUUAUGAUCAAUACAAAAUGGAUUCAUCUAGAACCACAAUCUAUACGAACCGUUGUAGCAACCAAAUUAGGUCGUACCUAUCUAACUGUCGGACAAUUAUGUUUAUGCGCUAAUAAUGGCCGUUUGUUUAUGGCUCCAGCCGAACAACAGAAUUAUCCACAUCCACAUUCACAUCAGCAACACAGUUGGAUGGGCCAUCUAUAUCAUCAACAAGAACAACAACGAUGCCAACGAUUAGCAUCCACACAUUGUUGGACAUCAUCAUGGACGCAAUCAACUUAAAAUUUUCCAACCUAAAGUUUUUUCACGAGCCCAGUGUGUAAAGCGAUAAUGGGACAAUACAAUAAGAUACAAUAGUACUGUAAUCAUAUUAGAAUGGCUGCAAAUGACUUUGA